AUGUUUGACAGUGUACAUAUGAAUAUGAAUGCAAAAGAAAAACUUGGUCAGAAACCAGCGCCAAUAGCAAUGGAGGAUUCUGGUGAUGCACAGAACAAUUCUAUGACAAAAAAUCGUCGAGUCGUAGUAAAUACCACUAAAGAACUAAAUUUGACAUCCACGAAUAUCAUCAAUGAUAUUGGAGGAGAUCUCGGUCCUAUUGUGGGAUAUGCACAAGAGCCUUUGUUGCCACUUUUCAAAGCAUGUGCUCCACUAAUUGACAUCGUUCAUAAUUUAUCGUUCUAUAUUGAAAUGGCACUCUACGAAACUCCAGAAGAACCAUCAGAUGGACUCACAAUUGAUGAAAGUGCUGCAAUCCGUCUCUACACCAUAGAAUGGGACGAACCACAUCCAAGUCUUUAUUCAAUGCUCAAUCACGCUCUCAUGAAUGAUCAUCGCGAGCAUCUCCGACCAUAUUUCAAGUACAUGAAACUGUUCUUAACUGCUCUAGCCAAAUUACCAUGCGUUCCACUAUUAACUAUUUGGCGAGGAGCCGCUAAAAAUAUGAGCGAAGAAUUUUUACCCGGUACUCCAGUGAUCUGGUGGGCAGUUUCAUCAUGCACAACUUCAUUGACUGUGCUUGAGAACAACAUGUAUUUGGGUGAGACUGGUGAUCGAACAUUAUUCUCCAUAGAAGCUAUUAAUGGUCGAAAAAUACGUGCUCAUUCACAUUUUGUUACUGAAGAAGAAGUUCUCCUUCUGCCUGGCACUCACAUGAUAGUUCAAUCACAAUUAAAUCCAGCACCAAAUCUUCAUAUCAUUCAUUUGAAACAGGUAAUACCAGAAGAAAUGCUAUUGGAACCACCAUUCGAAGGUGCAUAUCUUUAUCCUAAGACUAAAAGACGGCAAUGGUAUCGCAAGAAGAGAUCCAUCAUUCCAAUCAGCUUACUGACAGCUAUACUCAUCGCGGCAGUCAUUGUUGGCUCUGUUUUAGGAAGAAGAUCUCCAACAAUGCACCAAGUCGAUUAUGCCAAAGUAAAAACAUCUAUUGCUGCUUUAAUGGAUGACAACAACUAUGUUGAUGGAAAUUACGGCCCAUUAUUCGUUCGAUUGGGCUGGCUUGCGAGCGGUACAUACUCCCGUUUUGAUUCAACUGGUGGUUCCAAUGGUGGAUGUAUUCGCUUUGAACCUCAAAGUACUUGGCCGGUCAAUAAAGGUUUAAGCAUAGCACGAGAUCGUCUGCAAAGUGUUUAUCAUGAUCAUCCUGGCUUAACCUAUGCUGACUUGUACACACUGGCUGCUGUCAUGGCCAUUGAACAAAUGGGUGGUCCGACCGUCAAAUGGCGACACGGACGAGUUGACUAUGAAGAUGGGAAAAAAUCGCCGCCCGCUAAUCGAUUACCAAGUGCUAGCCAAGGAGCCCAAAACAUUCGGGAAAUUUUCUCUCGAAUGGGUUUCAAUGAUCGUGAAACCGUCGCUUUGAUCGGUGCUCAUUCUGUGGGUCGGUGUCACACGGAUCGAAACGGUUUCGAAGGACAAUGGACAUCUACACCGACCACAUUUUCAAAUGAAUUUUUCCGUCAUUUAUUGGAAGACACUUGGCAAGAACGUCAUUGGCAAGGUCCAAAACAGUUCGAAGAUGUGAAAACAAAAUCUUUAAUGAGGUUACCAUCCGAUAUGGCACUGAUUCAAGAUCCUGAAUUUAAAAUAUAUGUGAUAGAAUAUGCCAACAAUGGAAGUCGAUUUGCCUUGGAUUUUGCAGAUGCUUUUGAGAAAUUAUUGGAAUUAGGAGUGGACUUCCCAUCAUCCUAUUGA